AUGUCCAACAAUAAUUUUAUGGAACGAAUACGAUCGUUCUUUGGAUUACGACCCGAACCACCCAGGAAUGAUUUUCGCAAUCCUAUAUGGGGAUCAGACGACGAUGACGAUGGGGAUGAACUUUAUACAAGACAACAAUUAGAUAUAUACAAAGACCCGUUGGAACUACAACAAGAAUUCGCUAAACAUAUGCAAGAAAUAUUCAUGAACUUUGGCAGUAUAUUCGGUGACAUGAAAUCCUUUUUCGGUAAAGAUUUCGAUUCUAUUGGAACUAUUACAGAGUUCCCCACAUCGAACCAUGAACCUGAGACUUUUGAUAGCAAUCGUAUAAGGGAUUAUUAUUUAAAACCUGGAUAUCAUGAUUCUUGUAAUAACUCAAAGCAAGAUAUGGACUUGGAUGGUAAAAUCUCUUCUCAAGACAUAUCAGGGUUAUUAAAACAAAAAGAAGACGGUCAAAUUGUACCAGGUACUCCAUUUAGUGGCACAAUCAUUCCUGGUAGACCUUUUUGCCAAACUAUUAUUACAACAAGUGUAACAAAACCUGAUGGCACAGUAGAAACACGAAGAAUUGUUAAAAAUGGAAAUGAAGUUAUCGAAGAGACAACUACAUCUGUGCAACCAGAUAGAAUUCCUUACUUCCCUUACCUCCCGUACCCUAGUCCCACUGACACAACUAAUAUGAUGCUCUCACAACUCGGUUCUUUUCUAAGAAACUUUUAC